CAUUUUUCCAUUCAAACAUGGCGGACGCGAAGCUACGUAGAUCAAGGCGCUCCAUGAACUCGAGUCAAAUGCGCGCACUUGAAACGAGCAGUGGGUAAAAAGACCAUACCAUAAAAUGAGCGAGCGCCUCUGAGCAUAUGGAUGGUACUGGGGCUCGUCAGUUGCAACCACACCAACCAAAGUCAUAUACCAUUACCAUUCCGGCCUGGAGGGAAGUGAAGAUUCAGUUAGGAAUUGACUCUCUUAGUGACAGGACGUGAUUGCCAGUUCUCAAAAUCAUAGCUAUCGACAUGGCUUCAAUCGGAGAAUAUCCUCUUCCGUGGGCUCAUCUUUGGCCAGGACAUGGCCGAGUUCCGAUGCUACCACUCACAUCGUUUGGAAACAAAUUUGAAAAUGCCUUGUUUUUGUCUUCGCUCAUGCCUCGGGCCAAUCUUACCACCACUGAUCUCAACGAGGCAGUCUGUUCCAAUCAGAACCUCCAACAAAACAAUCAGUCCGAGGAUCUCUUCUUCAGUAACAUCAUGAAGAAAAUGGCCCAGAAAUAUCAAGAUCAACCGGAGGAAGGACGAUUUCCAACCCGAUCCUUCGACCCUUUCCUCAUGAGCACAGAUCUAUGUCGAAUCCCAUCCCCCAUUUCCACUUCGUCUCUAAGUGACCAUGACGGGGGCGCUGGCAAUUCGUCUCAGCCCUUGGAUCUGUCUCCUUCGGCCUCGCCAGGCUUGGACGUGAAUGACGAUAUCACCAAAUGGUCAGUGGAGGAAGUGGCUCAAUUUGUGGUUUCCAUUGAUUCAUGCCAGUCGUAUGCACAGGUGUUUCGCGAUCACUCCAUCGACGGGUCCAUCUUGACACUCUUGGGCGAAUCUCACUUGACUCACACCUUAGGGUUGAAACUGGGACCAGCCAUCCAGUUAUUGCAACAGAUCAAAAAGAUUCUAAACUAUGCGUCAAUCUAAGAAUGUAACCAUAUGAAAACCAAAGCAAUAUUUUCCUGCAAUAUACAAGAUGUACGUCUCUGAUCAAAACGUUACGUUUACAUAUGUGGGAUUGAAAAAUAUGCCACUUUUACCGUGGGGUGUCAUAACGAUUAACACUGUAGCAUUUUGUACCAUGUAAUACAAUAAAAGAGAAGUUUUAAGAAUACCAUUUGAUGUGUAUUGACUAUUUUUUUCAACAAGUAAUACCUUACACUAAUGGAAACAGAACACAAAUAAGUGCAACUGUAGUACAUUGCAGCCUUCUGCAUGCUUUAAGUUCUAAGCAAUGCAUUGCCAUGGUAGACUAAUCU